GAGCCCGCCCCGCGGAGCGCCGGGAGGUCGCAGGAAGCUCCUCCAUUUGGCCAAAAUGCAGCACCCAAAAGGGGUUGAUUGGACAGUUGUCAUCCUAACCUGUCAGUACAAGGACAGUGUCCAGGUCUUUCAGAGAGAGCUGGAGGUGCGGCAGAAGCGGGAACAGAUCCCCGCUGGGACGCUGUUAUUGGCUGUGGAGGACCCUGAGAUACGCGUGGGCAGCGGAGGAGCCACCCUUAACGCCCUGCUUGUGGCUGCUGAACACCUGAGUGCCCGGGCAGGCUUCACGGUGGUCACGUCUGAUGUCCUGCAUGCGGCCUGGAUCCUUAUUCUGCACAUGGGCCGAGACUUCCCCUUUGAUGACUGUGGCCGAGCCUUCACCUGUCUCCCUAUGGAGGAUCCCCAGGCCCCUGUGGAAGCCCUGGUCUACAACCUGGACUGCUUGUUGGACAUCAUGACCUAUCGGCUGGGUCCAGGCUCCCCGCCAGGCGUGUGGGUCUGUAGCACGGACAUGCUGCUGUCUGUGCCUCCAAAUCUUGGGAUCACCUGGGAUGGCUUCCAGGGAGCCAGAGUGAUCGCUCUUCCAGGGACACCCACCUAUGCUCGGAAUCAUGGUGUCUACCUUGCUGACUCCCAGGGCCUGGUGUUGGAUAUUUACUACCAGGGCACCGAGGCAGAGAUUCAACGGUGUGCCAGGCCUGAUGGGCAAGUGCCACUGGUCUCUGGGGUUGUCUUCUUCUCUGUGGAGACUGCUGAGCACCUCCUAGCCACCCAUGUGAGCCCGCCCCUGGAUGCCUGCACCUACAUGGGCUUGGACUCUGGAGCCCAGCCUGUUCAGCUGUCUCUAUUUUUUGACAUCCUGCUCUGCAUGGCUCAGAAUGUGAGCCAAGAGGAUUUCCUGGUGGGGCGGCCCCCGGAGCUGGGGCAAGGUGGAGCGGAUGUUGCAGGAUAUCUGCAGAGUGCCCGGGCCCAGCUAUGGAGGGAGCUUCGCGAUCAGCCCCUCACCAUGGCUUAUGUCCCCAACGGCAGCUACAGCUACAUGACCUCCUCAGCCAGUGAGUUCCUGCAGAGCCUCACACUCCCUAGGGCUCCCAGGGCCCAGAUUGUGCACUCCCAGGUAGAGGAGCUGCAGCUCCUGGCUGCUGGGAGCUCCGUGGUCAGCUGCCUGCUGGAGGGCCCCAUCCAACUGGGUCCUGGGAGUGUCCUGCAGCACUGCCACCUGCAGGGCCCAAUUCACAUUGGUGCUGGCUGCUUCUUGAAUGGCCUUGACACAGCCCAGUCUAAGGCAUUGCGUGGCUUGGAGCUUCAUGACCUUGUCCUUCAAGGACACCACAUACGACUACAUGGCUCCCCAGGCCGUACCUUCACUCUCGCUGGACGUCUGGACAGCUGGGAGAGACAGGGGGCAGGCACAUAUCUCAACAUGUCCUGGAGGGAAUUCUUCAAGAGGACAGGCAUUCGAGACUGGGACCUGUGGGACCCGGACAUGCCCCCUGCAGAGCGCUGCCUUCUCAGUGCCCGCCUCUUCCCUGUGCUUCACCCCUCAAGGGCCCUGGGGCCCCAAGACAUGCUGUGGAUGCUGGACCCGCCAGAGGAUGGGGGUGCAGCCCUGCGGGCCUGGCGUGCCUCCUGGCGCCUGUCUUGGGAACAGCUACAGCUAUGCCUGGACCGGGCUGCCACGCUGGCCUCCCGCCGGGACCUGUUCUUCCUUCAGGCCCUGAAUAAGGCACGGCAUGUGCUAGAGGCCCAGCAGGACCUGAGCCUGCGCCCACUGAUCCAGGCUGCUGUCCGAGAGGGCUGUCCUGGGCCCCUGCUGGCCACACUGGACCAGGUUGCAGCUGCAGCAGGAAACCCUGGUGUGGCGGCACGGGCACUGGCCUGUGUGGCAGAUGUACUGGGCUGCAUGGCAGAGGGCUGUGGGGGCUUACGGAGUGGGCCAGCUGCCAACCCUGAGUGGAUGCGGCCCUUCUCCUACCUGGAGUGCGGAGACCUGGCAGGUGGUGUAGAGGCACUUGCCCAGGAGAGGGACAAGUGGCUGAGCAGGCCGGCCUUGUUGGUGCGAGCAGCCCGCCAUUACGAGGGGGCUGGGCAGAUCCUGAUCCGCCAGGCUGUGAAGUCAGCCCAGCACUUUGUCUCCACGGAGCCAGUGGAGCUGCUGGCACCUGGGCAGUGGGUGGUAGCUGAGUGCCCAGCCCGUGUAGAUUUCUCUGGGGGCUGGAGUGACACCCCACCCCUUGCCUAUGAACUCGGUGGGGCUGUGCUGGGCUUGGCUGUGCAAGUGGAUGGCCGCCGGCCCAUUGGGGCCAGGGCACGCCGCAUCCUGGAGCCUAUGCUGUGGCUGGCAGUGGGGUCUCGGCAGGACAAAAUGGACAUGAAGAUACCGUGCCAGAGCCUGGAUGACCUGCAGGAUUACUGCCAGCCCCAUGCCCCAGGUGCCCUGCUGAAGGCAGCCUUCAUUUGUGCAGGGAUUGUGUGUGUCCACUCCGAACUCCCGCUGAGUGAGCAGCUGCUCCGCAGCUUUGGGGGUGGCUUUGAGCUGCACACCUGGUCUGAGCUGCCCCAUGGCUCUGGCCUCGGCACCAGCAGCAUCUUGGCAGGUGCCGCCCUGGCUGCCUUGCAGCGGGCUGCUGGCCGGGCAAUGAGCACGGAGGCCUUGAUCCACGCGGUGCUGCACCUGGAGCAGGUGCUCACCACAGGAGGUGGCUGGCAGGAUCAAGUGGGUGGCCUAAUGCCUGGCAUCAAGGUGGGUCGCUCCCAGGCUCAGCUGCCACUGAAGGUAGAGGUGGAAAAGAUCACUGUGCCUGAGGGCUUUGUCCAGAAGCUCAGUGACCACCUGCUUCUGGUGUACACUGGCAAGACCCGCCUGGCACGGAAUUUGCUGCAGGAUGUGCUGAGAAGCUGGUACGCCCGGCUGCCUGCUGUGGUUCAGAAUGCUCACAACCUGGUGCGGCAAACUGAGCAAUGUGCUGAUGCCUUCCGCCAAGGAAGCCUGCCUCUGCUGGGCCAGUGCCUGACCUCAUACUGGGAGCAGAAGAAGCUCAUGGCACCAGGCUGUGAGCCCCUGGCUGUGCGGCGUCUGAUGGAUGUUCUGGUCCCUCACGUGUAUGGCCAAAGCCUGGCAGGGGCAGGCGGUGGGGGCUUUCUCUAUGUGUUGACCAAGGAGCCGCGGCAAAAGGCAGCUCUGGAGAUGGUGCUGGCCAAUACUGAGGGUCUUGGAAAUUGCAGCAUCCACCUGGUAGAAGUGGAUACUCAGGGCCUGAGCCUGAAGUUGCUGGGGAGUGAGGCCUCACCCUAAUGCCCAUUCCCAUGAGGCUGGCCCCUCAUUGUAAGAAAACUUGGAGCUACAGUGACCCCUUCCCCCUCCUUUACCCAUGGGAGCUUUCAGCCUCCUACCCCUCACCCACCUCUGCGAAUCUGCUCCUAAAGACCUGAGGAAGACUAGGGCAAGCAGAGACAGUGCUCUCCUGUGACCUGGCUGUUAGCAGCCUACUCUUGGCCUCUCUUCUCUUUGGACAUCAGGUCCUAAGCUUAGUGUCCCAUGUGGCCUUUACAAACUCCACAGCCCAGUGGGUCUUCUCACUUUCCACGAGGGCCCUGGAAAAAGAUGACAACCAGCCUUAGCAUAUGGUAAGGCCAGCCCUGAAGAGGCCUUUGAGGCAUUUCCUGCGGCCUUUCUUAAGAGUUGUAGAGACAUUGUGCUCAACCCUCAUGAGAGGGUGAGGGUGCCAAGUCUGUGGCAGUGAGCCAACAAGUCACUGCCAACCCAGGCCUUAACCAGCAACACUAAGUAAGGACUGUACCAAGUGACCUGAUGCCUUUUGGGCAGUGGGUUCUCAGGAUUAUGACAUUCUUGGAAUAAAUUCAUUGCCCUUCUA